AUGUUGCUUCACUUGGGCGGCGACGAUGUUUUUGAAAUAAGUGAAAGCCAUACUCUAGCAGAAGACACGUAUGCACAGACAAAAGAAAAACUGUCAGCUUAUUUUACUCCAAAGAGGAACAUUGAAUACGAAAUAUUUAUGUUUAGACAAGCAACACAACAUCCCACUGAAGUGCUGGACAAAUACCAUGCUAGAUUGUGCCAGCUGGCAAAGAACUGUGAAUUUCACGACAAGGAUGCAGAGAUAAAAUCACAGAUAAUUCAGCGAUGCCAACUUAUCAAAGUCAGGAAUAAAGGAUUAAGCGAACCAACGCUAACUCUGAAAGAGUUACUUACUUUUGGCCGAACACUGGAAGCAACAAAUGUGCAAGCCAAAGCAAUGUCUGGAGGUGUGGAAGUUGAGAAACCUAUACAUAGGAUUGAGCAUAAACCCCAGCAAAAAUACCACCAACCACGUAAACCAAAACGUGAAGGAAAGCAAGGUAGCUAUUCAUCAUCAAGCAAAACACAGCAUCAGAGGUUACAAGAUAAUCGCAAGUGCUCUGGCUGUGGAGGUAAUCAUGGUGUAGGGAAACGUGAUAAAUUAUGCCCGGCCUGGGGAAAACAAUGUCACAAGUGUCAGCGCAUGAAUCAUUUUUCAUCUGUAUGCAAGGCUACAACUCCGCAACAAGCAGCUAAAACACAUUUUGUACAAACCAAAUCACCAGCAGAACAUGAACUGACUAUGCCAACAGAUGAGUAUGAAUUGCCUUUAUAUAAAUCAGAUACCAUAGGAAGUCAUGUUAAACCGUAUAUGUGUACGGUCACUCUAAAUGGCAUACCAACAAUGAUGGAAAUUGACACAGGAGCGACGACAAGCUUAAUUAGCGAAGCACAAUUUAAGCAGAUACAAAUAGGGAAAUUGAACCUAUCCCUGAUGACUGAAGGGUUACCGAAGCUGCGAACCUAUUAA